AUGGAGGGUAAGGUGCGCGAACUUUCUCUUCACGUUUACGGUUGUCGGGUAAUUCAAAAAGCAAUUGAGACUUUCGACGAAGAAACCCAGCUGAACAUAAUGAAGGAGCUCAAAGACUCUGUUCUUGAGUGUGUCAAGGACCAAAACGGUAACCACGUAGUGCAAAAGUGCAUCGAACGGGUUCCACCUCAACAUCUCCAAUUUAUUGUAGAUGCCUACAAGGGAAAUGUUCUUGCGCUUUCGACGCACUCUUAUGGUUGUCGGGUGAUUCAACGUAUUCUUCAAUACUGCACACCAGAACAGGUGGAUCCUAUUUUUGAAGAGCUAUAUGCUUGCGCCAACUCUCUCUUCGAAGACCAAUAUGGAAACUAUGUUAUACAACAUAUACUAGAGAAGGGUACAAGAGAUCAGAAGAGUCGCAUAAUUGGUCUUCUUAAAGGCCGUGUCGUCGCUCUUUCUAUGCACAAGUUCGCUAGUAACGUCGUCGAGAAGGCCGUUUCGAACAGUACAACUCAGGAACGUCAGGAGCUGACCAGUGAAGUUCUUGUUGACAAUAAUCACCAACAGUGGAAUUCAAGUGAAUCUAUGGAAUGCAAGGACAUGAUAACAGCUACGGACAACUCAGUUCUGUGGAGUAUGAUGAAGGAUCAAUACGCCAAUUAUGUCAUCCAAAAGAUGCUUGAAGAGGCCGACUCCAAGUUGCGUCAAGAGUUGAUGAAACGUAUUCAACCCUAUCUCAGUAGCCUACGUCAAUUCAACUACGCUAAGCAUAUUAUCAGUAAGGUGGAGAAGUACACAUUGAGGACCUUUGGCAACUCCUCAGUUGAUAAUGUUGCAGCGAUGCUUUCAAAUGCUGAUUUGAAUUCGGACGUUCUUACUUCGGACGACGAUGAGGAGAUAAAAAUAAUAGGAGCUCAGCAUCAAGAACUCGUCAAGGAAGACAGGAAUGGGAAUCCAUGA